AUGUCCAGCCAGAGCACUCAAGAUCGUACUAUUCUUGAGUUGAUUUCCAGGAUUGAGCGCCUUGAGCUUCGGGUUUCAGGACUCGAAUCUUUUCAGUUUGAAGUUGUGCAGGCUGAGGUUGAGGAGCAGUGGGAACCAGUGCCAAUUCAGUCCGGGCCGACCGCGUCCGGCGAUUUGUCCACAGGCCCCAUUAGCGAGACUGUUGUGCAAGGUGAAGCGCUUCCGUCUGAGGUUGAUGCCGAGAGGUUGGCCAUUUUGAACUCCAUCGGUCGUUGGGUUGCCCGUGCUUUGCAGAACAACAUCACCGGCUCGUCAGGACGUGAUCAGUUGCCUGAGCCAAGUCAGCAUUAUUUGGGCCCUGAGGCAGGUGAUCUGCCCUUUCGACCUGAGAGUGUGUUUCUUUUGCAGCCUGACGGCACGGCCGAUCCUUUCUACCAGAUCGGUUUGAUUCGUUUGCUUGCACCCGGUGGGGCCGAAGAGCCCGACCCAGUUCCAGUCAUUCUAAUUACUCAUGUGCAAGGAAAGAUUUUAGCUGCUGUACCUUUCAGUUUUUGGCACCGUUCCGUAGCCCGAAGAAAGCUACCGCCUCAAUCCUUUUCGAAAGCUGCUUCUGUUUCCGUCGGUUCAGUGUUAGAUGUUGAUCGAGAAGUUCCGAUAGAAGGCACCUACAUCAAGAUUUGGAUAGGUUUCCUGUCGGAAGAACUGAUCCAAUGUCUCGAUUUCGUGAGUGUUCAGUCGGCCGAGCUAGAGAACGCCUUCCUCACCGAACAGGAGGUAGGCGAGCAUGUUCCUUUGGCCGAAGCUCUUCAGACAGUAGCAGACGAGAAAUUCAGUUUCCUGUCGGCCGAAUCCGGAGGGCCCGAUCUUGGGAAGAGCAGUCAGGAGAAGCGGAUUGCCCGUGUCAAAGAGGCCCUAGUCGAGAUGAAGGCUCUCCUACAUCAGUUUGCCCAAACCAAGGCUCGACCGGAGAGCCCGGCUCCUGCAGCAAAGGUCCGGGUGACGUUCAAGCCGCCUACUCAGAUUCCGCCAGAGAAUCCAAUAGCUGGGCUGGACCCUCAUGUGGUGCAAUCAGCCCUCCGGGCAGGAGUCUCUCAGGUGCAGUUGGAGGAGCUGGGACGUAUGCUGACCGGAAAGAAGCCAGAUCUAGCGGAUGUUGCUCGCCCCUCUGCUUUGCGGAAGCCGGCUCGCUUGGAUGUGUUGGGAGAAAGCGACGAAGAAGGCGAGGCCCCCACCGAGCCCGGGGGGGAGUUGAAGCCGAGCGCCGAGGAGCUCGAAAACCCCAUGCAAUCAUCCUUGCUAAAGCUCACCAGCAUUCUGGAGCACCUCACAAGCCCUACAGAGAAGCGGCGCAGUCUCCAAGACACUUUAGACGAUUCAGAAAUAAUGAGAGAUUGCCCAGAAGAGCUCUGUGGUGUUCUGGAGAAAAACACGCUGCACGAUUGUGGUGCCCCGGAACUUGGUCCGGGUCUAGGUAUCAUGACAGCCACGUUCAGAGGAUGGGCGGAGCAUCGAUCGAGAGUGCCGAACAUUCAAGGCACGGUCCGCACCCUUUGGGCUAUUUGUGGAGCUCUCGAUGCUCUUCGACAGAAUCGCAUUGCGGAGGCAAAGGCUCGGCUGAGUCUUCUGGUUGCUGCCAUCGAUCAAGUCUCUUACGACAAAGGGUCGUGGUUGCUGGGUGCGGAGGUCUUGCUCGAGGAUGGACCCCCCUUUGGAAGUUUCAGCAAACAUCAAGCCCCGGAGAUCUUCGAGGUUCAUCACUCCCGACUUCUGCCAGCACAAUGGGCAGAGGCCAUGAUGUUUCGAAUCAGGGAGCUGGACGAUUUUGCAGAGAAACGGGCGAAGUUGGGAAAGCGCCAGAUUCAGAACGAUGCUCCAACGGGCGCUCCGCCCGCCAAACCAGACAAGCCGAAGCCGAAAGCGAAAAACAAGGGCAAAGGAAAGGGAGAGACGCAGGAGGAGAGCAAUCAUCCUCCUGCGGGCAGCAGCAAUUGA